AUGUUAUGGGAGUCGCUAGAUCGUACUCGCGAGGAGUAUCGGAAAAAGGUGGAGAAGGACGAGGAGGAGUUGUCUAUAGUCCUUAGUCGUCUUAUGCGGAAUAAGAAAAUUCUGAAGCAGGCGGAUGAGCGAGCGAAGAUGAAGGCCGCGUGCCUUAAGUCGGAGAUGGAAGCUGCGGGAGAGUUGGGCGACGAGGACUGUCCUACAGCCGAUGCUACAGUAGGGUUGUCGCCGGCCGUGUAG